UUUCUACAACGUUCGGUAAGUGGUGAUUCACUCUGUUUAUAAACUAUAUAUGUAAGCAACGCGCAGGGAAUUGCAUGCAGUCGUGCUCGAGUAUUUAGCAGAGCAAGCAGUAUACUUUAUAUUUUGAAAAAGGAUUUGUACAGAAAUGGGGGAGGAAAUAUUCUUCAAGGUUUAUGUGCUAUGGAAAAGCGGUCUUCCAUAUGAAGUGAGGAGAUUUGGAAUAGAGAAAAGUAAACUACCAAGUUUUUCUGUGUUAGUCCAAAGACUUCAGGAGAUUAUGCCUGAUCUCGCUAAAGUCAAAUAUUCUGUUACAUGGAGAGAUGAGGAGGGAGAUGAAGUGGUUGUCUCAACCGAUGAUGAAGUUAAAAUUGCUCUCCUUAAAAUGGCUGACUUGGUGAAGUUGCAUAUAUAUUGUGAAGAAAAACAUGAUAGUGCUGAUACUCGCAAUGUUGUAUUUACAGCAGCAGCUGAUGCUGGAGCAAGCUCUUCAGCAGAACAUUCUGGGGUUGUCUGUGACAGUUGUGAUAAUGCAGUGGUUGGUUUCCGUUACAAGUGUACUUCAUGUAUUGAUUAUGAUCUGUGCACUAAAUGUGAAGCAGCCGGAGCGCACCCUGAACACUGUAUGGUUCGAAUUCCAAUGCCCGGCAUGCCACGGUCAGUUAUAAAAGAGGCUGUGAAGCAUUCCCGUCAUUUUUUGAAAACAGUUGCUAGUAAGAUUGAAGAGGAUCAUUGUAAGAAGAGGCGCGAUCCCAGCUCUGAGCGUAAACGUAGGGGUGAACACGGUCGGCCUCAUGGCCAUGGUCAUGGGCAUAGUCAUCGUCACCGCGGCGGUCACGAGCAUCAGCGGCGACAACAUUCUAGUUGGUUCGACACCUUUGCCAGCUACAUGAAUGAGUUUGCUGAUUUGACUGGGGAUGUGAAUAUUGAAAUUGAUACGUCCUUCGCUAAUAAAACUACCGACCAGGCAAACCAACCAGCCAAGGAAGCACCGUCGUCUUCAACUAAAGAACAACCUCAAGGCCCAUCUAAUCCCCAGAAUUGCAACGUAAUCAAUAUCCAAAAAAUUCUGGAGAAGUUUUUAGUAGGUCAUAACAUUCCCCAACAAAAAGAAUCUGCUUCAAAUAAUUUUGAAGCUCAAAAUAAAGCAGAAGUGCCCGAAAACCAAAGUCAGGCGGCUGCUAAUAAUGACGUAGAAAUGGGUCAGGGUGAUAGAAAGGUACCUGAAGAAGAUAAAGAAAGUGUAAAAUCUUCUACAUCCUCUGAGAAAGAUGAUACCCCUGAUGAAACUGACAAUUGGACUGUCAUCAAUGCAGAAAAGGAUUUAAUGGAUGAUGACAAGCUUAAUGAUCCAACACCUCCCAUUGGGUUUAAACUGCCUGAAGAGUUUCGUGAUCACUCAAAGGCAACUGGAGGGCUGUAUCCUCCUUUAAAUAUAGCAACUGCCUCAUUAAAUCCCAAAGAGCCAGAAGUAAAGGAACCUGAGAGUUCAACAAAUAAGCCUCAACCAUCAGCACCAACUGAAAAACCAGAGCCUAAGCCUAAACCUGAACCGAGAAAACGCCAUCCAUUACCGCAUAUUGAUGCAGCAAUCGAUCAAAUGUUGGCCAUGGGUUUUACCAAUGAAGGUGAAUGGCUGACACAGAUUUUGGAGAACAAGAAUGGCAACAUCGCUGCCGUGCUUGACCUUUUGACACCAGUCAACCCCAAAAAGUAGAUGAAUCUCUACGAACUACUACAGUUUCUUUAUAAAAGCAAUUGUAGCGUUUUAAUCUUGCCUAUAAAACAUUUAAGCAUACUUAUCCUCCAAUCAUAUUAACAUUUAUCAUAGUCGCAGUUUAUAUGGGAUUAAGGUUGGUCUUAAAUUAUAUUCCUAAGACCUUAGUUGUAGGCACCAUGUUUAUUACACUAUAAAAUAUAUUCUACUAUAUCUAACAAAUUAGAGUUGUAUUCAAUUGAAAAAUUUCCAUAUGGAAAGUAUCUAUUAUAUUUAUUGGAAAUUGCUAUUUAUAGCAUUGUAUUAACAUUCCUGAAAAAUAUUACUAUUUUAUUGUGAUAUAUAUUGUGAUUUGUUUGACUAGAAAAUUAUUUUAAGAGAAGGUAAAAUGUAUUCGCUAAUAAAGGUUUCAAGGUUAUAAGAA